GGCGACUGUAGUGUCCUCUGCGCCGGAGGGAAACCUGCGAUGACUCACCUUGGGCGUCACAAUGCUUCCGCGGCAGCGCCGCAGACGCCGAGGUGGAAGGGGAAGCGCCGGGCACGCGGCCACUAUCAGAGGGAAUUUAUCUGGCGCACACACAUCGCCGCAGCCCCACACCGUGUCAGAGUCCCGUGCGGCCCACACCGUCGCUCUCGCCCUCCUCGACCCCGUCACCAUGGUGCACCGCUCGGCCCUGGGCGCUCUCGGGGCGUUGCUCGUGUGCUCCUUGGCUGCCGCCCUGCCCACCAUUGUGGUGCAACAAGACUGCGUCUCAGAUCGAGACUGUUUGUUCAGUAUGACGUGUGCUGACAACAAGUGCGUGUGCAGGGAUGGUUAUCACUUGUACAAGGACAAAUGUCUAGGGGGAAUCGAAGCAACUUGUAAUUACGAUGAAGACUGUAUUGUGGAUGCUUACUGCCAUAACCACCAAAAAUGCGCAUGCAUGGAGAACCUCUUACGGAGUGAUGACGGCAGCAAGUGUACAGGAAACGAGCUGGGCGAGGGCUGUUUGUCAACCGAUCAGUGUUACACUCCAAGAUUCGCGGAAAACGUGGAAUGUGACAAAACAAAUCACACCUGUGUAUGUGUACUCGGUUCCAGAAUUUCUCCAGAUUUUUUGGAUUGUGAAUGUAAGCAAUCUCUAUUUUCAUUUCCUACAGGUCUUGUAUCAAAAUUUCAUAUUCCACUUUCCCGUAAACAAUUGUGAUGGAAGUAAUAUCAAUUGCAAAACUUCUCAUCUGUUGGUAUUCCUGUAGAUUGUUAACAUUUCAUUACUUUGGAGAGAUUUACGCGAUACUGAAGCAGUCUUAUCUUCUUUUUAAAAAAAGGUUCAGAUCUCUGUAUCAUGGAUAUGAAAAGAUAUGCAAAAAUAACAUACUUUCUCAUAUAUGUUUCGUUGUUUUCUAAAUUGAGUUAACUGGAAACAUUAUUUAUUUAUGUUUAAUGCACAU